ACCACAGCGCUUUUCUAAAACGACCGCAGCACGAACAGCAACGGCGAAGGCGACAAGAAAGAACAUCCUGCCUCAAGCAUAGGAUUUCUUCUCUGGCCUCCAUCCUUGCACGUUUCAAGACCGUUCCAGCAGCGGUAUUAACAUUCUGGUGUUGGAUAUGCCAUCCAGCUGGAACAGACACCCUCGCUACUUGCUCUUAAUAGCGCUGGUCAUUUCGGCCACCGUGUACCUCCUGAUUCCUUCCCAGCCAUUGGUUUCAUCCGAUUCUUUCGCAUCUUUGAUUCGCGACACAAGCCUACCAGCCCGUUUACAACGUGCAGAACGUGUCUAUCAGAAUGUCGUUUCAGACCGAAAAGAUAUGAUACGAAAAUACGGUCCAACUUCCCGACACAUACACAUGUUCCCUCCCGACAAAGACCCAUGGCCAGCCUACACGACUUGGAGCUUCUUUCCUCCUGCUUUCGAUUGUCCGCAUGAGAUGGAACGAAUAGGUGCUCUGGGUGACGGUGGAAAAUGGACUUGUGGUCUCUCUCGCCUAGAGCGCAAGCCGGACUGCAUUAUAUACACGUUCGGCAUGUACUACGAAACGUCCUUCGAAGCAGAGAUGCUAGAACGUACGCAACACUGUCAAGUUUGGGGAUACGAUUAUCGUUCCAACUCGUUCGGCUCCAGCAAACUGAAUAACUAUCGUGCCCACUUCUUCCCUUACGGCCUCGCGCACGUGGAUGCGCACAGCCCACAUGACGAGCAGAAGUUGUACACACUCAAGACGUUGAUGGAAAUGAACAAACACACCCACAUCGACAUUCUCAAAGUCGACGUGGAAGGAUGGGAAUUCGAAGUACUCGCACAAAUUUUGCAACCUUACAUCACAUCGGGGGAGCCUCUUCCAUUUGGACAGCUACUAAUUGAGAUUCACACAUGGGAGAAGAAAUUUGAGGAAUUUUUGUCGUGGUGGGAGGCGCUAGAAGCUGCUGGACUGAGGCCUUUCAUGACAGAAGUGAACCUUGUGUACCAAAAUUACAACAGGGGCAAGUCCACGGAUCUCGCGGAGUACUCGUUCAUCAACGUCAAAGGAAGCAAUAUCUUCAUCUCUGAUCCUCCAACGGCACCAACGGGUACGACUGAUGGCAACGAAUAGAGGGAGAUCUAUAUGGCAAUGCUCUAAAUAGCUUCGGUGACAGCUAUGUAGGUUUGUUACAGUGCUAUGGAAAUGUUGUGAAGUGAGACCCUAGCCUGGACCAUCGUUGCAAGCAAGGCGUGUUUGGAAUGCACUGGGAGCACUGUCAGUUCACACUCUGGGGACUGCUACUCAGUGCUCAUCAGAUUCGAUAUGUACCACUAUUAGAAUAUCGUAGCAAUAUUGUUACCAGACAUGAG